CUGUGAAGCGAUUUCCUUUGCGACGAAACAAUAGCUAUUCAUUCUUCCUUUACAACAACCUUCCGGACAGAUCCAAUUCUCUAUAGACACACCAUGUCUUCAGCACCAAAGCGCCCCUUAGUGAAAGGCCCACUUCAACCACCGCAAUCCCAGUCCAAGAGCACAUCUUAUGCACAAAGGCCAACUUCAAAGAACGAAGUAUUCAUCACAUCAGGGAAAGAACAGCCUACUCCUGUAAUAGAAUUCAACUCUCAAGCAACCCCUCAACCAUUCCUAGACCUCACCAUAAUCCCGAAACGCAUCCAAGCCGAAAAGCAACAUCGCGCCGAACAAGACAAGAAGACCCAAGCCUCGGCAAGCUCUCAAAGCCGGCACUGAAAAGCUGGACAAGGAUCAAAGGAACACUCAUCACGUGAAAUGACCUAGAUGGCUUGCCACGUGCCUUGAUCUACAAAAACGCUUUCUUCUCACGAUACUCGGUUUGACGAUCCUUUCGGAGAAAUAUUACCUCGAUGAUAUCGUGGCGUCUGCAGCUUUACAUCUUCUGCACAUCAUGUGAGGGAGAUACCUGUCGAUCAUGGGUUUGGAUGCGCUGUACCCCGCCUUUUGAUGGGUAUUCAUCCGGUCCAACGAUGCGACGAUAAUCGUGAAGAUGGGCUCUUAUGACCUUCGAGAUCUUACGGGUCCUUGCGGGUUAAGUUGAGGGCAUUUUCUUUUGAAGGGUAUGAGAAAAGUCGAGAUGAGGGUGGAGAGGGAUGAGGGUAUUGAAGAUGUUUUGAUCCA